AUGCACCACCUCCUGGAGCAGUCGGCGGACAUGGCGACCGCGCUGCUGGCUGGCGAGAAGCUGAGGGAGCUGAUCCUGCCUGGCUCGCAGGACGACAAGGCGGGCGCGCUGGCCGCGCUGCUGCUGCAGCUCAAGCUGGAACUGCCGUUCGACCGCGUGGUCACCAUCGGCACCGUGCUGGUACCCAUCCUGCUGGUCACCCUGGUCUUCACCAAGAACUUCGCAGAGGAACCAAUUUACUGUUACACUCCGCACAACUUCACCCGUGACCAGGCGCUGUACGCCCGUGGCUACUGCUGGACAGAGCUGCGGGAUGCGCUGCCCGGCGUGGAUGCCAGCCUGUGGCCAUCGCUGUUUGAGCACAAGUUCCUGCCCUACGCACUGCUGGCCUUUGCCGCCAUCAUGUAUGUGCCCGCACUGGGCUGGGAGUUCCUGGCUUCCACGCGUCUCACCUCCGAGCUCAACUUCCUACUGCAGGAGAUUGACAACUGCUACCACCGAGCGGCUGAGGGCCGGGCCCCCAAGAUUGAAAAGCAGAUACAGUCCAAGGGUCCGGGCAUUACGGAGCGGGAGAAGCGAGAGAUCAUCGAGAAUGCUGAGAAGGAGAAGAGCCCUGAGCAGAAUCUGUUUGAGAAGUACCUGGAGCGCCGGGGCCGCAGCAAUUUCUUGGCCAAGCUGUACUUGGCACGGCACGUACUGAUCCUGCUGCUCAGUGUAGUGCCCAUCUCCUACCUAUGCACCUACUAUGCCACCCAGAAGCAGAAUGAGUUCACCUGUGCCCUGGGUGCCUCACCUGACGGGCCAGUGGGUAGCGCUGGGCCCACGGUGCGUGUCAGCUGCAAGCUGCCAUCCGUGCAACUGCAGCGGAUCAUUGCAGGUGUGGACAUUGUCCUGCUCUGCUUCAUGAACCUCAUCAUCCUCGUCAACCUCAUCCACCUCUUCAUCUUCCGCAAGAGCAACUUCAUCUUUGACAAACUCCACAAGGUGGGUAUCAAGACGCGCCGGCAGUGGCGGCGCUCACAGUUCUGCGACAUCAACAUCCUGGCCAUGUUCUGCAACGAGAACCGUGACCACAUCAAGUCGCUCAAUCGGCUGGACUUCAUCACCAACGAGAGUGACCUCAUGUACGACAACGUGGUGCGGCAGCUGUUGGCAGCCUUGGCUCAGUCUAACCAUGACACCACGCCCACUGUGCGGGAUUCAGGCAUCCAGACUGUGGACCCCAGUAUCAACCCUGCGGAGCCUGAUGGCUCGGCUGAGCCACCUGUGGUCAAGCGGCCCCGUAAGAAAAUGAAGUGGAUCCCCACCAGCAACCCGCUGCCACAGCCCUUCAAGGAGCAGCUGGCCAUUAUGCGUGUGGAAAACAGCAAGGCCGAGAAGCCCAAGCCUGUACGCAGGAAGACAGCCACAGAUACACUUAUUGCCCCGCUGCUGGAUGCUGGUGCCCGGGCUGCCCACCACUACAAGGGUAGUGGAGGUGAUCCAGGUCCCUCCCCUGCCCCAUCUGCUGCCUCUGACAAGAAACAUACUCGUCACUUCUCCUUGGAUGUGCAUCCCUACAUUCUAGGUACCAAGAAGGCCAAGACUGAAACAGUUCCCCCUGCCCUACCAGCCUCCCGGAGCCAAGAAGGUGGCUUUCUGUCCCAGACAGAAGAAUGUGGGCUGGGCCUGGCUGCAGCACCCACCAAAGAUGCUCCGCCCCCCGAGAAGGAACUCCCAUACCCCACAGAGCCUGCCCUGCCAGGGCUUCCAUCUGGGGGCCCGUUUCACGUCUGUUCACCCCCCACGGCUCCUGCUGCUGCCCCCCUGUCACCAGGCAGUCUGGGCAAGGCUGACCCCCUCACCAUCCUGAGCCGAAAUGCCACUCACCCCCUGCUCCACAUCAGCACGCUAUACGAGGCCCGGGAAGAGGAAGAUGGAGGUCCCUGUGCACCCUCAGACAUGGGCGACCUCCUCACCAUUCCCCCACCCCAGCAGAUCCUCAUCGCCACCUUCGAGGAGCCAAGGACAGUUGUGAGUACUGUGGAGUUUUGA